ACUGGGUCCCAGAGUUCUUUCCUCUCCGUCUUUACACACUUGUGUGUUUAAGGACCGAGGUCGAGCUGGUAUCUGGCUCUGAUGUCGGUUCCGAGCUUCCAUUUCUCCUGACGCUUUGACAUCUCCAUUUUGAGAGGAACCGGAGCUGCUCGCGAGGGAACGGCUGAGAUGCUCUUCUUUCCCAUCCGAGCUCUUUCCAUCAACUAUCACAUCCAGAAUAUGCCAGCUGAGCAGCGCCCCUGCUUUGAGGAAGCGUUCAGUUCUUCUCCCAGCAGUUUCAUUUCUUGCCGCGAGCUCUGGCUUUCAGAGGACCUCCGGGCAAUAACGAUGACGAGCAGCGUGCAGAAACCUGAUGAAAGCAGAAGUAAACGCAGGAAAGAGCUGGAGGCCGAUGAUACAGAAAGCCCUCAGCUGUCCUCUGCUGACACAGCAGACCCAGCGCUUUCGGAUGGCCUGCAGUCCCUGUACAAACCUGAGCCCCUGGAAGAGCUGCUAAACGAGAUGAAUAAAGAAAUCAAGAACUUGUUGGCAAAGUAUGCCCACAUCUUAAGUGAGAGAGCAGCAAUGGAUGCUUCUUACGUGCAAGAGCUUGAUGGAAUCUUGAAGGAAGCGAGAACAAUAGAAAACCACUUAAAACAGAAAAAAGAGAGUCUGAAGCAGAGAUUCGCUAUGAUUGCAAAUACUCUGCAAAGCUAAAUGAAGUCUGUUACGUUGCAGAAAUGCUCAUUGUUGUAAUCAACUUCGAUACAUAAAGUUUAUAAACAAUGCUGGAUGUGAUGAAUGCUUCAUACAUAUUUCUGUAAAUAUUUCUAGCAGUUCAGGAAACAUUUGUCACCUUUAGCUUCUUAUUUGUUUUAAUAAGUAUAUGCACUAUAAGGAGUAGUGGUAGUUCAAAAGACGCAAAAUAUUUAUUUUGAAUCCCACAGUGACUUCAAGGGAUUCUACAGAUUAAAACAGCAUUUCCUAUUUGCCAAUCCACUGCUUAGACUGUUCCUAUGCUUCCAUCCCAAGAAAAUUAACUUUUGGUACCCAAAUCAUAAUAGAAUGUACCUUGAAUUUUACUUUCGUUGUUGUCUCCGAACAUAAUUGAACAUGACUGAAAAGAGAAGCUUAGAAAUAGGAGAGUUCUAUUAAGAGUACUACUUUGGAAAUGUAUAACAAGAGCUUAAGUCUUAAUGUAAAUAUGUAUUUUGAUAUAUCUCCAGCUUUUCAAAUGAAAUGAAGAGUGUUUUCAUAUAAAAGUGCAUUGUCAAAACUUUUCUGGUAGUGUCAAUAAAUAAAAGAUAAUGUUAUUACUA